UCCGUUGCGGGCAAGGCGUCCUGCGAAGUGGGAGAUAUGUGUACAAGCCUGUGAUGAAUCAAACGUGUUGUCCUCAAUACACUAUAAGGUGCCGAUCUUUACAGUUUCAGCCAUCAAAAUCUCACAAGAAGGUUUUGAAAAAAAUGUUGAAAUUUCUGGCUAAAGGGGAAAUUUCCAAAGGAAAUUGUGAGGAUGAGCCUAUGGAGCCCAGCAUGGAGGAUGCCGUUGCCGGGGACGUGGCGCUAAUCAAUAAAUUGGAUCUACAGUGUGACCUUAAAAAGCUCGGCGAUAACCUCAAAGAGAGCUUAGAGAGGGAAGUGAAGAAGAAAGGAAAAAGCACAAAGAAAGAGGAAUCGAACGAGUUUAUUCAGUCCCAGGACAAAAACGAGGAGCUGGGCUCUGGGGAACCGUCCCACGCAGUGGACGUGCACACAGCUCCUAAGCCAGGCAAAGGGGCAGAUUUGAGCAAGCCUCCGUGUCGGAAAGCAAAGGAAAUCCGGAAGGAGAGGAAGAGGUUAAAGCUCAUGCAGCAGAGCCCGGCCGGAGGGCCGGAGGGCUUCCAGGCUCCACGGGAACCAAAGACCAAACCCAACCAGCCGAAAUCGCUGGAGGAGUUAAUUUUUGAAUCUUUACCGGAGGAUGCGUCACAUAAGUUAGAGGUGAGGGUGGUGAGAUCAUCUCCACCAAGUUCUCAGUUCAAAGCCACAAUGCUGGAGUCCUACCAGGUCUAUAAACGGUACCAGAUGGUUAUUCACAACCACUCACCUGAUGAACCAACUGUCAGCCAGGUGAGGUUAGUACCUGUCUCCUUUGAGGACCCAGAGUUCAAGUCGUCCCUCAGCCAGUCGUUUUCUUUAUAUGUCAAGUAUCAAAUGGCCAUCCACCAGGAUCCGCCCGAGGAGUGUGGGAAGACCGAGUUCACAGGAUUCCUUUGCACCUCGCCUUUGGAGCCAGAGAAUCCCCCUAAUGGACCCGAUUGUGGCUAUGGCUCCUUUCACCAGCAGUACUGGCUGGACGGCAAGAUCAUCGCUGUGGGGGUGAUUGACAUCCUUCCCUACUGUGUGUCGUCUGUGUAUUUGUACUAUGAUCCUGAUUAUUCGUUUCUGUCCUUGGGUGUCUACUCUGCACUACGAGAAAUUGCUUUCACUAGGCAACUUCAUGAAAAAGCAUCUCAACUCAGCUAUUAUUAUAUGGGUUUCUACAUUCACUCAUGUCCCAAGAUGAGAUAUAAGGGUCAUUACAGACCUUCCGACUUGCUGUGUCCUGAGACGUACGUGUGGGUGCCCAUCGAGCAGUGCCUGCCUUCCCUGGAGAACUCCAAGUACUGCCGUUUCAACCAGGACCCCGAAGCAGCGGAUGAAGGUCGCAGCAGGGACCCCGACCGGCUGCAGGUGCUGUACAAGAAAGCCAUCCUGCCUUACGGCGUGUUCAAGCAGCAGCAGCGGGAGCCGGGCGAGGAGGCCGCCGUGCUGCAGUACGCCAGCCUCGUGGGCCAGGCCUGCUCCGAGCGGAUGCUGCUCUUCCGGAACUGAGCCGCUCCGCCGGCCGCACCCCGCGUGCUGGGCCUGUGCCGCCUAGACGCGCCGCUGCGGGCAUCCCGGUCCACCCGCAAAUCUCUUUUAUUUUGACUAUCAUAUGGCUUUUGUAAACUAUUUUGUGGCAAUGUACUUGUGAGAAUCUCAUGGUUAAUGUAAAGAUUUAAAAAAUAUGUUAUGACCUAGCUCCAUAAUUGGGGUUUAUAAUUUCAGAAGUUUGUUUUAUGAAUAAGACAUGGUAAGCUUCUCUUAUUGUCAAUAUUUUAGAAAGUAAAAUUAACCCGUGAAUUGUAAGUAAUUUUAAUUACAGUUGUGCCUGUUUGUUCUGUUAGAAUUCAAAGCAGAGUGUGUCCUCAGAUCCAUUUAAAACAUUAGUUUAUGCCAAAAAACAAACACCCUGACGCGUGGGGAAGAAGGUGGGGGCGUGUUUCAUCGCUUAGAACACGCCUUCUCUGGAGAAGGGAACUGCUGUUCGUUCUCAGUGUUCAGUCCCUGCCGAGCGUCACGUCGUGUGGGUCAGAAGGGAGCUGGGGGGCAGGUGUGAGACGGAACAGGCGUCUUGACACCAGGUCUGUGGACCCCCAUGGCCCCGCUCGCCCCCGGUGUGGCCUGAUUUCUUCCGGGAAAGUUGUUGCUAGUGCUCCUGUCACUCAGUUUCCCAGUGUGGACAGUCGAUCUGUAUUUGCCCAGGUAUGUAAUUUGCUCUGUUUCUAAAAGUUUAGGAAGUGGUGUUUCUAAAGAAAAUGUUGGCUCCUGCCUUCCCUGGCUGCUCAUUCCUCUGGACUGAGGACACUCGUCGUUGGUUCUUGAUUGAGAAUUAGCUCCUAUCCGGCUGCUUUCAUAGCUGUGGCCUCCACUCUAGGGUCAGGGUGGAACUCCGUGUCUCGCCCUUUGAUUGGGUGUCACUGGGGAUGCGACGCUGGUCAUUGAAGUGAAGCCUCCCCUGCCCCUCCCACUUCCUUUUGUUGGAGCAAUUGCCCCUGUGGCCACUGUCAGGGCGGCGGGCUGUGGAAGCACGAGGAUGGGUGGUUUUCUCGCGUUUUCUCCGUUGACCUGUCUCUGUUGACGUGUCUGAAGCAGAGCCCGGGAGGAGAGAGGAGAGGCUGGGGAGAAGUCGGCUGGUUUUCUCGCGCGCUCUCCGCUGACCCCUCGGUCCCGGCAGCCCCGUUCCGCCUUUGGUCUGUGUUGUGUUGCGUGAGCCUUUUGAGACUGUGCUCUAAAGCGCAGUCAUCUGACCCUCACUGCUGCCUUUACAUGUUCUUCUACAUGCACUGAAUUUAGAGAAAACAUUGUACAGUCAUUCCAGCAGCUAGAGCAGAAGGGAGACUCAUAAAGAAUGUUUCAGAAGUCAAAUGUCUAGACAUUGAACAUCCCGGUAAACUGCAUAUUCACUCAGUGUGGUUCCACCUGCCGUGUGCGGCUACAUGGCCACCUGGGGAUAGUGGUGAGUGAGCCGUGUCCUCUGAGAGCAGGGAUUUCACGUUCUCCUGGAACCCUUCAAAGCAGGCUCCAAGGGCAUUCGAUUGACUGGCUUAUAGCUUCCUUCAGAAUCUAUAGAAAACUGCUUCUCUUGCCCUCUCAAGUGAAAGUAGCUUAAUUUUUAUGAUUACGAAAAUGAUACUGUGAGCAAUUAAAACAUUAAGAAAAAUAUAACCAAGAGAGUAAAAAUAAUCAGAAAUCCUGCCAUACAGAGAAAGAUUAGUCGUGUACACUCAUAUGUUAUGUUAACAUAAAUCGGAUUCCGUCUACAUGCUGUUUUCUCAGUUGUGGGCUCUGAAGGUGGACGUUCUCAGGUGGGAUCGGAAGGUGUGAGUGCUUCGGUGUGAUCGGCAGGGCGGUCCUUGGUGCCCCGGGCACUCGGAUGCCAGGUCUGGGCGUCGGCUGCCUCCCUCUGAGUAGUUGGCGUGUAGAAUGGUGUUGGCAAGGAUCACACUGAGUAUCAGUGAGGAGACAGCUUGGCUCAGCACAAGCUGGUUUUUCCCGCAGGAGGCUCCUUCAGGGAGGCCGCUGGUCCGCCUGCCGGGACCUGGGCUGACCCUGCGGGGGCCCUGGUGGCUCAGGGAGGCCCCAGAGGGUCGGCAUGAAGAUUGGCUCGGUUGCUCAAGUCACGUGUUGGGUUUUUUGUUUGUUUUUGAGAACAGAUAGCAGUUUCUUGAAAAGCCAGCCAUGUGUUUCUCUGCGUCUGCUGCUGCCGCUGGUGGCUGGAAGGGAGGGGCAGUCAAGGGCAGUGGCCGCCUUGUCCGUUGACACACAGUCCAGCUGGGAAAUCAUCUCCCGUCCUGGCUUCCUCUAAAGACAGAACCUUUCCAAGCUGGCGGCUCUGGUCACACCCGCCUUCCUGUCUUGGGGCAGAAGGUACUAGAGGUUCCCCAUACGACCAUCAUUACUUAAAUUAGUUCUGUUCUAUUGAAACUUUUGUUCUCUUAUUUUUACAAAGUAUAAUCUGAGCACUUCUUAUAUUCUCAAAUAUAGAGCCUAUUAGAUAAAUAUGUAAUCAUUUGAUUAAAAUUGGAUAAGAAAUUACUGUUCAUUUUCCCUUUCAAACAAGCUUAUCCUGUUUUUAAUCUAUUUUUCAAAAUAUCGGUUGUGUAUGGUUGCUUGACAUAGUGGAAUCUAUUAUGUAAAUGAACCUUGUCAGGUUUUGAAGGAUGUAUGGUUUGAUUUUAUUGGCUUUCUAUUAUUUUAGUGUGAAUAAAGGUGAAAAAGAAUAUGAUGACCAGUUA